CGGCCCGGAGCAUUGUGGGUGGUGCGUCCCGCCGUGGUCUCUCAGAGUGGGCUGACUGCGCUCGGGUGCCGGGAUCUGCCUCUGCAACUUGACUCUCCUCCAGGCGGAGCACUCAGGAGACCAGGAAUAUGGCCCCAGGGCUCCUGACAGCCACAGACGAGGUAAGUCCUCACCUUUCUUCCUAGGUCUUGCAGGAUGGACCCAUUGCCUUUUCUUGUCUUGGAGCUGCCUUGUUGGUGUUAGGCCAUACCCAGCCCUGAUCUUGGAGGUAUGGUCCAUCUUACCUGGAGCCCUCUCUCAGACUUCCCUACUCCAUUCGUGACUCAGGAAUUCACCAAGUAAUAAACUGUUAUCAGCACAGACUGCUCAGCCUGAGCAGUCAAAAUGAAAAUACAGGACAUUCAUUCUCAUGUGCUCAGCAAGUCCCAAGGCCAAAAAAAGUGAAGGAAGUCUUUAAAGGAGGAGUUCCCUGAGCUGCCCCUGAUGGACUGGGCAAAUUGAAGAGCUGAGGGAAGGCAUUCUUGUGGGGAUGUGGCAGGAAGCCUAUUGCGUCUCAGACACUGGGUGACCAAUGGACUGUCCCUCACCACGUGGGAAGCUUGAAGCAGCCAGUGGCCUUGAGUCACGUUGGUUUCUCUGUAGAGGCAUUGAUGGCCUUCAGAGAUGUGGCUGUGGCCUUCACCCAGAAGGAGUGGAAGCUCCUGAGUCCUGCUCAGAGGACCCUGUAUCGGGAUGUAAUGCUGGAGAACUAUAGCCACUUGGUAUCGCUGGGAAUUGCCUUUUCUAAACCCAAACUCAUCACACAACUGGAGCAAGCGGAUGAGCCCUGGAGAGAGGAGAGCGAAGGUGUUCUGGACCUUUGUCCAGCAGAACCAGAGGCAGAAUUCCGGCCCUGUCUCUCCUGCCCGGUGGCCUUUUCCAGUCCGCACUUCCUCACACGAUAUGUGCUGUGCGGUCACCCCCCGCAGGUCUUCCCAAGCUCAUCUGCAGGAAGCCACUUGCCACUACAAGCUCCUCGCUGCUCCAGUGGAAAAGCAGAAGAUGGAGAGACAGAAGGCUCUGGCACCAUGUUCGGGAGUCUGCAGCUCAGCGGGACUUCGAGGGCAUUCUUCAGCCCAUCUCAAGGUCAGCCAGUAGACUGGGUGGACGGCAACAGAGGUGGAGUAAUAGAUCACGACCCGACCCAGGGGAUGAGCCCUCAGGAGGCAGACGCCACGUUCACGGGGACAGACAUCUCGGAAUCUGGAGCAGUCAUCUGUGGAAAAUACAGACCAGGACAUAGCACAAAGUCAAGCCUCUUUGGUCUCCAGAAGCAUCAUGUGUGCCCCGAAUGUGGCAGAGGCUUCUGCCAGAGGUCAGACCUCGUCAAGCACCAGAGGACGCACUCCGGGGAGAAGCCUUAUAGUUGUAUAGAGUGUGGGCGAGGCUUUGGCCGGAAGUCCUCCCUCACCAUCCACCAGAGGAAGCACUCCGGGGAGAAGCCUUACAUGUGCAGGGAGUGUGGGCGACGCUUCAGGUACACGUCCUCACUCACGAACCACAGGAGGAUACACUCCGGGGAGAGACCCUUUGUCUGUCAGGAGUGUGGGCGAGGCUUUCGUCAAAAGAUUGCCCUCAUCCUGCACCGGAGGACACACUUGGAGGAGAAGCCCUUCAUAUGUCCUGAGUGUGGGAGAGGCUUCUGCCAGAAGGCAUCGCUCCUCCAACACCGGAGCUCGCAUUCGGGCGAGAGGCCCUUCCUGUGCCUUGAGUGUGGUCGUGGUUUCAGGCAGCAGUCGCUGCUCCUCAGUCACCAGGUCACACACUCAGGGGAGAAGCCUUAUGUCUGUGCCGACUGUGGGCAUGGCUUUCGCCAAAAGGUCACCCUCAUCAGACACCAGAGGACGCACACCGGAGAGAAGCCUUACCUGUGCCCUGAGUGUGGGCGUGGCUUUAGCCAGAAGGUCUCCCUCAUGGGACACCAGAGGACGCACACAGGAGAGAAGCCUUACGUGUGCCCCGAGUGUGGGCGUGGCUUUGGUCAGAAGGUCACGCUCAUCAGGCACCAGAGGACACACACAGGGGAGAAGCCGUACCUGUGCCCUGAGUGUGGGCGCACCUUUGGCUUCAAGUCACUCCUCACUAGACACCAGAGGACACACUCAGGGGAGGUGGCUGAUGUGUACGGAAUGUGUGAGCAAGGACUGGGCCAGAAGUCCAACCUCACCUCUGACCAGAGGACACACUCUGAGGAGAAGCCGUGUGUGUGUGGUGUGUGUGGGCGUGGCUUUGGCUUCAAGUCAGCUCUCAUCAGACACCAGCGGACCCAUUCGGGAGAGAAGCCGUACGUGUGCAGGGAGUGUGGUCGUGGCUUUAGCCAGAAGUCUCACCUCCAUAGACAUAGGAAGACCAAGUCUGGCCAUCACCUCCUGCCGCAAGAGCUGUUCUCCUGACCUUUCCUUUCCCCUUGAGUGUGAAUAUGGCAGAAAUCACUGGGAAGUGUUCUGCUUUCCCGAAAUGGAAUGGAGGGAAAAAAUGGUGCUUUCUUUCAGUGUUCAUGAGAUAGUCUGUUUAUGGUUUACUUUCUAAGCAGCAGUCCUCUCUGUGUUUUAUGGUCUUUUGUUUUAAUAAACUGCUUCUUUACAAAGUUGCACACAUA